AUGUGGUCCCUGGCCGCCAUCAUGGCCUGCCUGACCCUGGCGCUGUCAGGGGGCAUUUCCCGGGACUACCCCAAGAUCCUCAAUGGCACCAAUGGCACCAGCGGCUUUCUCCCAGGUGGCUACACCUGUCUGCCCCACUCGCAGCCCUGGCAGGCUGCCCUGCUGGUGCGAGGCCGGCUGCUCUGUGGGGGGGUCCUGGUGCACGCGCGAUGGGUCCUCACUGCAGCACACUGUCGGAAGGAGGGGUACACCGUCCACCUGGGCAAGCACGCACUGGGGCGCACAGAGAGAGGCGAGCAGGUGAGGGAGGUGGUCCGUUCCAUCCCCCACCCUGAGUACCAGGUCAGCCCCACCCACCUGAACCAUGACCACGACAUCAUGCUCCUGGAGCUCCGGGACCCUGUCCAGCUCACCGGCCAGGUCCGCGUCCUGCCGCUGUCCCGGGACCCCUGCCUGCCCGUCGGCACCUGCUGCCGGGUGUCUGGCUGGGGCACCACCACCAGCCCCCAGGUGAGUUACCCCAAAACCCUGCAGUGUGCCAACAUCGAGCUGCGCUCUGAUGAGGAGUGUCGCCAGGUGUACCCAGGGAAGAUCACGGCCAACAUGCUGUGCGCCGGCACCAAGGAGGGUGGCAAGGACUCUUGUGAGGGUGACUCCGGAGGCCCACUGGUCUGCAACCACACCCUCCAUGGCAUUAUUUCCUGGGGAGACUUCCCAUGCGGGCAGCCCAACCGACCCGGCGUCUACACCCGAGUCUCCAAAUAUGUGGACUGGAUCCUCAGGACGAUACAAAAACACCAGCCCCAGAAGCAGAGAUGGACAAAGGGCCCACAGUGA